AUGAAGUGCAACUUGUUUCGUUUAUUCCCAACUGAGCCUACCGGUUCCUUAAUAAAAAUAAAAAAUAUUACAUUUUUUGAAAAAGACAUUGAGAUAAAACAUUUCCUUGAACAUAUAGUGGACGUGUGCAUUAUUUUCGCGGAUUCUGCUAAGAACGAAGCUUGUGCGUUGUUACAUUCCAGGGAAGAAGCCUUACACCUUAUGAAACUGUACAAAGUCAUUUUUAAAAAUAUGAUAUUUUUUUCUUCAAAUAAGCAAAAUAUGGAAAUAGAAAUAUUUAACCAGGAGGAAGAAAGAAUAUUUUGGAAGGACGUAAAAAGGCAUAACGUUAAAUUUUACGUUUGCAAACAACGUGGUCAGACGGGGUGA